UCCAGUACAGUUGGCAUCUGGGGACCAGGGAGGAGAUGCCUGUUUUCCUGGGAAGCCCUGCUCUGCUGUGGACAGCACUGCUGCUCCUCUAUCCAGGUGGCAUGUCAGCAGACAUCCGGCAAUCUACAGUGUCCUUGAAUCCACCAUGGACUACCAUAUUGGAAGUUGACAAUGUGACUCUUACAUGUAAAGUAAACAAUUCCCUUGAACUCAGCUCUACUGUGUGGUUCCAUAACAAGACCCUUUUGGGAGUGACAACUUCACAUCUGGACAUUGUGAAAGCCCAAGCCCAGGAUAGUGGGGAGUACCGGUGUCGGAACAAAGGAUCCAUCCUGAGUAAACCUGUGUACCUAAAAGUCCUCCGUGAGUGGCUGCUCCUCCAGGUCUCUCCUGAGGUGGUGAUGGAGGGUGAGUCCUUCCUCAUCAGGUGCCAUGGUUGGAAGAAUCGGGAUGUCAGAAAAGUGACCUACUACAGGAAUGGCAAAGCCCUCAAGUACUGGUACGAAAACCACAACAUCUCCUUUAACAAUGCCACAGUAAGAGACAGUGGUACCUAUUACUGCACAGGCUUGAUUUGGAAAAUAAAUCACACCUCUAACUUCCUGAACAUUGCUGUGACAAAAGAUUUCCCCACAGAACUUGAAAGCAAAUACUACUGGCUACAAUUUGUGAUCCCAUUGUUGGUGGUGAUUCUGUUUGCUGUGGACACAGGGCUGUUUAUCUUGACCCAGCAGCAGUUGAAACUGCUCUUGAAGAUGAAAAGGACCAGGAAGGGCAAGAACCUUAUGGACCCACGUCGCAAGCCAGACCCUAAAAUCAACUGAUAUUGCUGCUCAAGACACAUUUGCAACAGCAACUUCUUUCUAGCAUUAGUAAUCACUUCUCCACGGUCAAACACAGCUCACAGUGCACACGGGAGUGUCCGUAAACAAGGCUUUACAGAACUGCUUCAUUACACCAACUGAAACUGGUUGAGUGGCAUGUAAUAGCAACUGCUCAG